AUGACCACGCCACGGCAGUCGGGCGUAUCGCUAGCUCGUUCCUGCCAAUUCUGCCGAUCGCGCAAAAUCAAGUGCGACCAUAAGCGCCCACAGUGUAGUUCAUGUGUGAAUCACAAUCAGGAGUGCAUCUAUAGCAGAGAACCUCCGAGGCAGAGGCCGUCUCGUGCUCUGAUAGAUGCGGCACGGGAAGAAAAGCGGGCGUUACAAGAUGUCUUGAUAUCGCUCAAGAACGCAGAUGCUGAGACUCGUGACAAGAUCCUAGACUGUCUCAGUCUAGAUGACGAUAAUUCAGUAAACUUACCUAGUCCAGGACUGACUUCGUCCCUAUCUCAUGGCAACAAUCCACAAGAAACCCUGCUAUCCGCGCCGCAUCCAAUCAAUAACAUGCCUGUUGUCGAUAGCCAUCAGAACAACAGCCCAGUAACCAACGUCACCGCUGACGGAAAGCACAUAGCCACUUUCAUAUCUCGUGAUGAGUCCGGGACUAUUCGAAUCUUUGGACCGACCUCAAAUCUUCACAUUGAAAGCCCGACCAACAGUCUCACGGAUCCAGCGCAACAAUCAUCAAGCUUAGACAACGCACCGAACCGUUAUGAGUUGAUUGCCAGCGCUGCUUUACAAAGACAAAAGGAACAUGACCUCCGAAGAAGAGAAACGAUUGGCGGUAUACCAGGAGAACUCGCAAUGCAUCUUCUAGAUUUACACUGGAAUCGGCAACAUCAUACGUACCAUCUCACUUAUCGUCCUGCAUUCAUGCGAGAUCUUGUUAGCGGAGGCCCCUACUGCUCAGAGUUCCUAUUAAAUGCUGUAUUUGGAUGUUGCAGUAAAUUCUCGGAGCGACUCGAAGUUAGAGAAAACCCAGCGCUGCCGGAAACAGCUGGAAAAAUGUUCUUUGACCGUUGUGACGAGCUUUUGACGCAACAGUCACUACUGGAAUCAUCAAGCAUUCCAACCAUAACAGGCCUACUUCUGCUCGGUGCCACUUUUAAUGCAAAAGGCCGCACCUCAAAGGGAUGGCUCUAUGUUGGGUAUGCUCUGCGUAUGGUUUAUGAUUUAGGCCUUCACCUGGAUUGUAAAGAAAUAUCUGGAAACGCCGAAGACGUUGAGAUUCGUCGUCGAGUGUUCUGGGGUGCAUUUAUCUGCGACAAAUUGCAGAGUCUCUAUUUUGGCAGACCGUAUAUGAUUCCACUUCGCGACGCACAUGUAUCCUGGGAUUUGAUGGAUACUUUAGAGGAAAACGAAAUGUGGACGCCAUAUGUUGACCCAAGUUUCGAACAAGAAGCUCAGAUAACCAAACAACAGCCGAACGCUACCCGGCUGUUCUCAAUAACCACAUUUCAACAACUGUGCUCACUCUCCCGGAUCAUGACAAGCAUAAUCGAUCAUUUUUACUUUGUGGGUGCUAACCCGGACAGCGCCCGACCAUAUCUGGGUAUCAUGGAUGAGAAAUUACAUCACUGGUAUCAGAGUUUGCCCACGGAACUUCGGUUCGAACCGUGGAAAAGCUAUAAAAAUAUAGCAGCACCGAAUAUUCUGAUUCUUCUCACAAUGUACUGGUCUCUGAUGAUAAUUUUACACCGACCUUUUAUUAGGAAUGGUCAUUUAUGGACCGACAACAUAUCGACAGCUCUUUCCUGGGAACGCUGUGUGACGGCAGCUCGAAACAUCACGAGUUUAGCUCUGGCAUAUCAGUCAGCGUAUUCUUUACGCCGCGCCAAUUAUAUGCUUAGCUACGCGCUUUAUGUAGCUUGUACCAUUCACGCUCGAAACCAGGUGGUUCGUGAAAGUACAAAACGUGGCGACCUGUCUUCUCCUUUGACAGUCUGUCUUCGAUGUCUGGAUGAGUUGGCUGUUCCGAAUUGCGGAGUAUCUGUUCCAGCCAAGAUAAUCAGGAAAUUGAUGCAUGCCAAUGGCAUUCCAGAUGUGUCAGGACCUGAAUUGAAUAUUGAAGACGUGCUCCCGCUUGAUUUCAACUUGAGCCAACAAAUGUUCCCUGACACGUCCAUAAGUCCUAGCACUAUUGAGCAGUACCAGAAUAUGACUGAGUUCCAGCCAUUCAUCGAGGAUUUGGAUUCAUUAUUCGGGUUCAUGCGUGAUUUUGAUGCUGUAUCUACAUGA